CUGGACUACCUGGACUACCUCCCUCCCUUUCUCCCUCCCUUCCGUCCUCCUCCUCCUUCUUCACUCCCAAACGUUGUGUUCCGUUUGUUUGUACUCUCCUGCUGGCUGCCCGCCCUUUGCAUUCGCCUUUAUUCACGAGUCACGAGUCUCGAGUGUGCCCUCCAGCUGCGCUGCCACGGCGUUGACGAUGCACCUCCCCGUUCUAAGCCCAACCGCCUUUUAGCCCGCCGCCGCCGAAUUUCUAUUUUCGCUGGCGCCCGCCCACACUCGUUUUCACCAGCCUCACAGCUCACUCCACUGUCAUCCCUCCGAACGAACAACAAGAGCAAUCCUCCUCGCUCUUUUUUUCUUCUUCUUCUCUUUCUUCUUCGUCUCUAAUCCAACCAUCCCACUUCAUGGCACUUCAUUCUCCCAUCACUAUGGCCUUCCAAAAGCCGCGCCGCGCAGCUGGAAAGGUCAAAUACACCAUCUUCGCUGUCGUCACCCUGUGUGUGCUCUACUACUUGCGAAACUCUGCGACGGCAACCUUCAAUACGGCAUUCAGACCAAUAGAAGACCAUAUGAAUGGCGGAACACCUCAGAGUCCUAUCAAGCCCGGAGACAAGACGAGACCAAACGCACAUUCCCAUCCCAUUACCGCGUUGAUCGAAGAGGCAGAGGUGACAUUCGAGGAUCUUCUAAGGAAGGAGAGCCGUGAUCUGAAGUCGGCGGCUGCAGCGUACCGCACAAGAAGAGGGCGACAUCCUCCACCAGGCUUUGAUGCCUGGUACGGCUUCGCGCAGGAGAACGGAGCAGUCAUGGUGGAGGAGUUUUUCGACCAGAUAUACCACGACCUCGGUCCCUUCUGGGGAGUCGAACCGAAGGUGAUGCGAAAGGAAGCAUGGGACUAUGAAAUGACGAUCAACAUUAGAAAUCAAAACGCGAGCGCUGGCAGCGGUUGGUUCUGGACACAAAUCUGGUUGGAUUUGACCAAGACAAUCCAGCAUUUGCUGCCCGAUAUGGAUCUUGCACUCAAUUCGAUGGACGAACCGCGGAUUGCGGUGCCUUGGGAGGACAUCAAUGGAUAUAUGGAGAAGGAGCGCGCGUCGCGGAAGAUGGCCAAUCCAAAGGAGGUCGUUUCAGACUUCCAGAUCUUGGGUCAGCAUCCGGAUGCGGAGGUUGAGAUGGCACAGAAGUGGUGGGAGAGCAAGAAGGAAACAAGACGGUUUUGGGACGUCGCAUCCCGAGGAUGCCAUCCCGACAGCUUGGCUCGCAAGGCGGAUCAUCAGACGAACUUCAACGACACCCCUUCGAUCACCCUCGCGCAUACGCUUCCCCAUACCUACAAAGGCUAUGUCUCGAACUUCUCCCUCUCGGCGGAUUUCUGCCACCAGCCGGAUCUGCAGGGCCUUCAUGGUAUGAUGAUCGAGCCCCUCUCCGUGAGUUCCACGAGGCAUCUGUUCCCCAUGUUCGGCGGAUCGAAAUUGCCCACAAAUAACGAGAUUCUCCUUCCUGCGCCGAUGUAUUGGAACGGCGAGGAGCGGUUCUCGGGCGGCGCGAACCACGGGGCAAACUGGGUGGACAAGCAGAACAAGGUGAUCUGGAGAGGUGUGGCAACUGGUGGGAAGAACAAACCGGACAACUGGAAAGGCUUCCAGCGCCAUCGAUUCGUGGCCAUGACAAACGCGACACAAGUCUCUGGAGCAGAGAAUUGGUCCCAGAUACCAGAAAACUUUGCUCUACCGCCGUCGGAGUAUGACAUCGCUGCACAACAAGAGGGGAAGCUCGGUCGGUGGACGGAGGAGUGGGCUGAUACCGGCUUCAUUGACCUGAUGUGUUUAGAACCCGAGAAGGAUGCAACCUGCUACUACACCGACCCAUACUUUAAGGUGAACAAGGCCAUGAAGAUGGCAGAGCAAUUCGACCGGAAAUACGUCCCUGAUAUCGACGGCAACUCCUUCUCUGGACGGUAUCGCGGAUUUCUCCUCUCUACUUCCCUUCCUAUCAAAGCUACGAUUUUCCGCGAAUGGCAUGAUAGCAGGCUAGUCCCGUGGAAGCACUUCGUGCCGAUGGAUAAUAGGUUCUUGGAUUUCUGGGGAAUCAUGGAGUAUUUUGUCGGGUUUGAGGGAGAGGUUGUCAAGAGGGAGGGCCAUGAUGCGCAGGCGGAGAGGAUUGCGCUUGCCGGGCAGGAGUGGGCGAAUAAAGUGCUCAGGAAGGAAGAUAUGCAGAUUUAUGUUCUGCGACUACUUCUCGAGUACGCCAGGUUAUCUGAUGAGCGCAGAGACAAUAUGGGCUGGGUUGCGGAUCUGUUAUAGAGUGGUGGGGUGGAGUCUCUUUUGUUUACGAGAUGGUGGCGCAGCAUUUCCAUGGAGUAUUCGUGGCGUACAGGACUGUUUUCAAAACCGACAGGAUGGCUGGAGCUCUUGGAGUUCGGUGUUCAUUUGCAUUAUUGGGGAGACCAAGAUGAAGUGUGUACUGUACAGAUACCAGGCUGCAAAGCUGCUAGACUUGCUCUUAGGCACAGCGAAAUGUAAUAAAUAAUCCGAGAGCACUCCUUGUCUUCCGAGAAAACCCGGC